GCGAGGCGUGACAUAUAAAGGAAGCUGAUGCUGCAGCAUCAGCUGUCCAGCUGAAGGUCGAAGCUGCAGAGCUCCAGCUCCACGUUUAAACCCCCCCCAAUAAACCAGUAUAACCCGGGACUAUGGCCAAGCCCCUGACGGACCAGGACCGGAGGAAGCAGAUCUCGGUGCGGGGACUGGCCGGGGUGGAGAACGUCACAGACCUGAAGACUAACUUCAACAGGCACCUCCACUUCACCCUGGUGAAGGACCGCAAUGUGGCCACCAAACGAGACUAUUACUUCGCCCUGGCCAACACGGUCCGGGACCACCUGGUGGGCCGCUGGAUCCGCACCCAGCAGCACUACUACGACAAGGACCCCAAGCGCGUCUACUACCUCUCCCUGGAGUUCUACAUGGGCCGGACUCUGCAGAACACCAUGGUGAACCUGGCCCUGGAGAACGCCUGUGAUGAAGCCACGUAUCAGCUGGGCCUGGACAUGGAGGAGCUGCAGGACAUCGAGGAGGACGCUGGUCUGGGGAACGGGGGACUGGGACGCCUGGCCGCUUGUUUCCUGGACUCCAUGGCGUCUCUGGGCCUGGCCGCCUACGGCUACGGCAUCCGCUACGAGUUUGGCAUCUUCAAUCAGAAAAUCAUCAACGGAUGGCAGGUGGAGGAGGCGGACGACUGGCUGCGCUACGGUAACCCCUGGGAGAAGGCCCGGCCCGAGUACAUGCGUCCAGUCCACUUCUACGGCCGGGUGGACCACACCGCCGAGGGAGUGAAGUGGGUCGACACUCAGGUGGUCCUAGCUCUCCCCUACGACACCCCAGUCCCCGGUUACAGGAACAACAUCGUCAACACCAUGAGACUCUGGUCGGCCAAGGCCCCCUGCGACUUCAACCUGAAGGACUUUAACGUCGGGGGCUACAUUCAAGCUGUGCUGGAUAGGAACCUGGCGGAGAACAUCUCCAGAGUCCUCUACCCCAACGACAACUUCUUUGAAGGGAAGGAGCUGCGUCUAAAGCAGGAAUACUUUGUCGUGGCAGCGACUCUUCAAGACAUCAUACGCAGAUUCAAAGCCUCCCAAUUUGGCUCCACGGAGUUUGUGCGAUUAGACCUUUCUGCUCUGCCAGACAAGGUGGCCAUCCAGCUGAACGACACUCACCCUGCCAUGGCCAUCCCCGAGCUGAUGAGGAUCCUGGUGGACACGGAGAAGCUCUCCUGGGAGAAGGCCUGGGACGUGGUGGUCCGGACCUGCGCCUACACCAACCACACGGUGCUGCCGGAGGCCCUGGAGCGCUGGCCCGUCGACCUCUUCCAGAACCUGCUGCCCCGACACCUGGAGAUCAUCUACGAGAUCAAUAGGAGACACCUGGAGCGCAUCAGCAAACUCUACCCUGGAGACUCGGACCGCCUGCGCAGGAUGUCCCUGAUUGAGGAAGGAGACGUGAAGAAGAUCAACAUGGCUCACCUGUGCAUCGUGGGCUCUCACGCCGUCAACGGAGUGGCUCGCAUCCACUCUGAAAUCAUCAGGAAGACUGUGUUCAAGGAUUUCUAUGAGAUUGACCCUGAGAAGUUUCAGAACAAGACGAACGGCAUCACGCCCCGGCGCUGGCUGGCCAUGUGCAACCCCGGCCUGGCCGAGGUCAUCGCUGAGAGGAUCGGAGAGGAAUACCUGCGUGACCUGGACCAGCUGAAGCAGCUGCUGGACUUCGUAGACGACAACGCCUUCAUUAGAGACGUUGCUAAAGUCAAACAAGAGAACAAGAUGAAGUUUGCUGCUCUCCUGGAAGAGCAGUACAAGGUGAAGAUCAACCCCAACUCCAUGUUUGACGUGCAGGUGAAGCGGAUUCACGAGUACAAGAGGCAGCUGCUGAACUGCCUGCACAUCAUCACGCUGUACAACCGCAUCAAGAGGGAGCCCAACAAGCAGUGGACGCCCAGGACUGUCAUGAUUGGAGGAAAGGCUGCUCCAGGUUACCACACGGCCAAGAUGAUCAUCAAACUGAUCACAUCCAUCGGUGACAUCGUCAACAACGACCCUGUGGUGGGAGACCGCCUUAAGGUCGUGUUCCUGGAGAACUACAAAGUUACUCUGGCUGAGAAGGUGAUCCCUGCAGCAGACCUGUCGGAGCAGAUCUCCACCGCCGGCACCGAGGCCUCCGGCACCGGGAACAUGAAGUUCAUGCUGAACGGAGCCCUCACCAUCGGCACCAUGGACGGGGCCAACGUGGAGAUGGCCGAGGAGGCCGGGGAGGAAAACCUCUUCAUCUUUGGGAUGAGGGUCCAGGACGUGGAGGCCCUGGAUAAGAAGGGUUACGAUGCCGUGUCCUACUACAACCGCAUCCCCGAGCUGAAGCAGGCGGUGGACCAGAUAUCCGGAGGUUUCUUCAGCCCCAGCCAACCAGGCCUGUUUAAAGACCUGGUCAACAUGCUGAUCCACCACGACAGGUUCAAGGUGUUUGCAGACUAUGAGGACUACAUCAAAUGUCAGGAGAAAGUCAGCGCUCUCUACAAGAACCCCCUGGAGUGGACCAAGAAGGUCAUCCAUAACAUUGCAGGCAGUGGGAAGUUCUCGAGCGACCGCACCAUCAGCCAGUACGCCCGGGAGAUCUGGGGGAUCGAGCCCAGCCUGGAGAAGAUCCCUGCCCCCGACGAUCCUCGCUAAACCCUCGCAUCCUCGCAGCGUAGCUCCCCCCGUGGUCCAGCCAAGGAGACAAACAUUGUAGCUUCUUCUCUUUUCAUUGUGGUAUUAUUUUUUUGACACUGUUUAUCUCUGUGCAACCUUAACCAGGCUUACACUUCAUCUUGCACUUUGUAGCUCCACGUCAGCCUGUCUCCACUGAAGAGAUUUGAACAUAGAAGAAGGAAUAAGGAAUCUAAUUUAGUGAGAUAGUUUCCUAGAAGAUGCAAUGUUCUUACUCUCAAUAUACAACAAAGGUUUAUUUUUAUUACAAAUAGCACUAUAAUUAUUGGGGAAGAUUAAAGAUGCACUUUUAACCUUUUAACCAAACAUGGACAUUUUCACAAAGAUUCCUCACAUUCCUCUUCUGCAGAAAGCCAGCAAAACUUGACAUAAGUCUUUCAAACCAAACACGUCCUCCGAUGAAGAGAGAGGGACCAAGUGGUCUGCGCGGGCCACAGCCUCGUGACAUCACUAUGACAUCACUAUGAACCCACUGCCUUUGAGAGGAAGGCAUUGGUCCAUAUUCCCAGCAAACCCUUGACUGAUCUGUAGGCCUGUGACGGUGUUCGUUGAAUGUUUCCACGUCCGUGUUGUCGUCAUAAAUGUAGUUAUUCAUGACUGACGGGUCCUUCCUUCCUUCAGUGCAGGUUUGAAUGUGAUCGUACCCUCCUCAGCAUGUUUGUGUCUUAUUCUCGUACUCUUUGUUCCCAAAAGUGACCUGAUGAUGAAACCUUCUUUGCCUAAAACCUUUAGUAAAUGAAUCUAUCUUUGAAAAAUGUGUGUUAUCUGCUGUACUUGUGUGUAAAAACAUUGACUCCAUGGCACCGUAACUGUAACGGCAUUAAUGUACUGUAAUAUCAUCCACUCAUGCACUUCCUGUCUGAUGACUGGAGGAUCCAGAAUCAGCUCACUGUCACUGUCACUGGUUUUUAGUCAUUAAAAGACAAACCUAAAACCA